AUGACGCGUGUGAAAAAGGGGGAAAGACGAUCAUAUUCCGUUGAAGAAAAGGCUGCCGUUGUUCGUUUUGCACUUGCUUCCAAUAAUACUAAAGCUGCUGUCCACUUCGACAUUAGCAAGAGUAUGGUUGGUAAGUGGGUAAAAAGUUUGAAAACUUACCUUAAUGAUCUUAGAAAUCGUAAAUCUCGUCGUGUUGGUGCUGGUAGAAAAGAGGCUUUUCCCGCUGAAGAAAAACAACUUUUUGUCUGGUUUCUUCAAAUGCGUGAGGCUGCUUUGGCCGUUACCUAUAACAGCCUUAAGAUCGAAAUGCUAAAAAUCAUUGCUGAAACCGUUGCAAACACAGACGACCCAACAAAAAAACUUAAUGCAAUUAAUUUCAAAGCCUCCUCAACAUGGCUUAAGCGUUUUUUGCACCGGAAUGGUCUUACCCUUCGCCAUAAAACGAAAAUAUCUCAACAAUUGCCCAAGGAUCUUGAAGAGAAACUACUUAAUUUUCAGCGUUAUAUAAUCCGUCUACGUCAAGAUAAGAAUUUCCCACUUAGUCAUAUUGCGAACAUGGAUGAGACGCCUGUGUGGUUCGAUAUGUCAGGUAACCUUACCGUUGAGGAAAUCGGUAAAAAAACAGUUCACGUUCGUACUACUGGUAAUGACAAAAAUCGCUUCACGGUUGUCCUUACAUGUUUCGCUGAUGGCCAGAAACACCCACCAACUGUUAUCUUUAAAGGUAAACGAUGGCCUAAAAGCAUACCACCACCCCCUCCCAAUAUCAAUAUUUCCUUUCACGAAAAAGGCUGGAUGGACGAAGAAGGAAUGGCAACUUGGACUCACGAUUUCGCGAAAAAGCGACCCGGUGGUAACAAAGAGCCUGUCUUACUCGUUUACGAUUCUUUUAAAGCGCAUCUUACGGAUAGUAUUAAAAAAGAAAUGAAAAAAACUAAUGCCUACGUUGUUGUUAUCCCAGGUGGUCUUACGUCGAUGUGUCAACCGUUGGACGUUUCUAUUAAUCGUCCGUUUAAAAUCGCUAUUCGUCGUUACUGGCAUGAAUGGAUGGCAAGUGGUGAAGUCAAAAAAACUACAAAUGGAAACCUAAAGCGUGCAAGUUUAGAUAUUGUGUGCAAGUGGAUCAUUUCUGCGUGGGACGAGAUCAGUCCAGAAAUUAUUCAGCGGGCAUUUCGAAA